GCUGGGCCAAUUGUGCGUCACCUCAUCGGGUGUCUUGAUUUGAUUCGAUGUAUGUGUGUAAUGACGACUGAUUCAUAUGUUCAUGUAGUUUCGGUGCAUUCUCGAGGUAUGACUCAUUAGUCCACCGUGAUCAUCUGUUCCACUCUCUCGACCCAAUCAGACGCGUUGGACGAGGGUGUGGUUUUGACUGACAAGCAAAAUGCACCAAUCCGCUUCGAGAAGGUGGUUGAAUUUAUUCUGUCCGGAUACGUGGGUAUUCUAAGUUCUCUUCGAAAUGAGUUUUCACUACGGCCAGGGUUACCCAGGAGGACCAGCUGGAGGGGCUAAUUUCCCCCGUCAACACCCACCCCCUGGUGCUCCAUAUGGGGGUAGCGCUCCACCUGGCGGCCCCUCUCCCCACGGAUCUCCAUACGGGGGUAGUGCACCCCCAGGACAGUAUGGGGGCUCUGGCCCAUCGGGCUACGCCCCGUAUGGGGGAGCGACCGCCCCUCCAGGGAGUCAGAAUGCUGGAGGGGCUGCCCCAGGAGGGCCCUACGGUGGCUAUGGGGCCCCAGGACAGGGGAGGCAGGCUGGGGGAGCACCAGGGGCCCCAUACGGCGGGGGACAGGGAGGGCCCUAUGGACAGCAGUCUCCAGCAGGUAACAUACCACCAGGGGUGAACCCAGAAGCAUACCAGUGGUUUCAGACAGUGGACACCGAUCAUAGCGGCUCCAUCACUCUAAAGGAACUGAAACAGGCUCUGGUAAACUCCAACUGGUCAGCCUUCAACGACGAGACCUGCCUUAUGAUGAUCAACAUGUUUGACAAGACCAAGUGUGGUCGUAUCGACCUGUUUGGGUUCUCAGCCCUGUGGGUCUUCAUGCAACAGUGGAGACAGCUGUUCCAACAGUACGACCGUGACCGUUCCGGCUGCAUCAGUGGCACUGAGCUACACCAAGCCUUGUCCCAGAUGGGAUAUAACCUGAGUCCCCAGUUCACUGAGACGAUAGCGGCUAAGUACGCUGUGAGGUCUGGGCGUCCUGGUUCCCUGCAGCUGGACUCUUUCAUCCAGGUGUGUACACAGCUACAGAGCAUGACGCAGGCCUUCAGGGAGAAAGACUCCGCCAUGACGGGAAACAUACGCAUGAGCUACGAGGACUUCCUCUCCACCACAGUCAACAGGCUCAUGUGAGAGGGACAAUGGCUGUUAUUUUGAGCUGUCCUCCCUUCACCAGCCUCCGGUGCCAACCACCAGUAAUAGGCAAAAAGGUCCACCUAAAGCCAAACACCCUGAAAUCAAGAUGGUGUGAUGGAGGACGAAUGAGUCAAACUGAGGAUGAGGAAAUGGAGGAGACAUGAUUAAUCACUCUUUGUCUCUAGUGUGUGUGUGUGUACAUAUAUACACACACACACACACACACACAAAGGGUAUGGAGUUAUAUAUAUAUAUAUAUAUAUAUAUAUAUAUAUAUAUGCCUACUGUAAACCUGCUCGCCAGCAUCCUUAAUAUGUAAACUACAGGACUUGAUUUGCAUGGUGGAACUUGAUGUGCCAGUUCAACCUCAUGUGUAGUGUCAAUCUCAUCGGGCCAGUUUCCUGAACUAAGAUUAAGCCUCGUCCUGGACUAGAAAGCAUUUUCAGUAGCGAUUCCCAAUUGACAAUGCUUUUUAGUCCAGGGGGAACUCUUUAAUCUUGGUCUGGGAAACCAGCUCAAAGUAUAGCUGGUUAACAGUUACAUUGCAUGUAUGACACUCGGUACACUCGAACAAUGCGCAAAAGCCAAUUUUUAAUAAUUGACAACAUAGCUUUACUCCAAACCACUACCUUAUCUGCUGGUAGCUGUGAUGGUUAUGACUGUUGAUGAUCGCCGUUGCACAUUGUCGCACAGUUAUAUUUCAGCCAUUGGAUAGUUCAGGACCAAUCUUUUAAUUUUUUUUUUUUAAAUCAAAUGUAUUGUUUACUGCCAUAACUUGAAAUUGUAUUCUAUUAAAGUUUUCAAAACUUGAAA